AUGGCGGUGCAUCACCGGCAGUGGCGGAGAUUUGCCGGCGGGAUGAGUCGGCCGGUCUUUUUGCGGGAGAGGGCGAGUGCGUGGUUGGAUGGCGGUGGCGAGUAUGCUACGAUGGUGGUGAUGCAUCAGCUGGCUCCGGCAGUGGCGGGGUGUGCCGGCGGGCGUCGGGUGGACGGAAUAGUCGUGCACACAGUGCCCACACCUCAUUUCCGUCGGCAACCCCCGACAUCCGCCACCAAACCACCGCCGCAACAGUCCCGAAGGUCCCUUCGUUGCCAACAUUCAGACCAGAUCUGCCAUAGCCCACAGCCGCCGCCAGUCACGCCAUCUCCGACCACCUGCUUCAACGAGUUGUUUUCCGGCGACUCCGUACACUCUUGA